AUGGAAGCUCUGUCCCCGAGAGAUGCCAAUGCGCUCCCUAAACGAGUAAAUGAUCUCAAGACCAAGGCUGUGGCACAACUCAAGUCGGCCAAAGACAAGGAGCAUCCUCCUCCUCCACCACCUCAGGUCAUCGAACCUCCUUGCUCCGAUCGCAAGAAUGGUGCUGUUUAUCAGGUUGGAAAGCUGUUAGGAAAAGGUGGCUUUGCCAUCUGCUAUGAUGGCAAGCAUGUUGAAUCAGGGAAGAAGUAUGCCUUGAAGAUUGUCAAGAGCUCAAUGCCAAUUAAGAUGGAACAGAAGUUCCAAACCGAACUGCAAAUCCAGUCAAAGAUGAGACAGCAGAACAUUGUCCAAUUCCAUCGAGCGUUUACUUUCGAGAGCUGCACCUAUUUGGUGCUUGAGCUGUGCCCGAACGGCUCGCUCAUGGACAUGGUGAAGCGCCGAAAAGGAUUGACAGAACCAGAAGUCCGUUUCUACACGGUACAGAUCGCUGGUGCAAUCAAGUAUAUGCAUGCGAAAGGCAUUAUUCAUCGAGAUCUCAAAAUGGGCAACAUCUUCCUUGACAAGCAUAUGAAUGCAAAGGUUGGUGACUUCGGCUUGGCCGCGCUACUCGUGACGGGCAAAGAUAUGCAAACCAUUCGUCGGACAACAUUGUGCGGAACACCAAAUUACAUUGCUCCGGAAAUUCUGCAGAAGGGAAAAGUUGGUCAUGAUCAUAUGGUGGACAUCUGGAGCUUGGGUAUCAUCAUGUUCGCGAUGCUCACAUCGAAACCGCCCUUUCAGUCAUCCACAACUGAUGAGAUCUAUCGCCGGGCGAGGGAAAGAGACUAUGAAUGGCCCAGCGUCGAUCAGAAGUACGUUAGCCCGGAGGCUAAGGACCUGGUCGCAAUGAUGCUUCAGGAUGCCGACAGACGACCAGAGCCGGACACGAUAGUUCAACACCCCUUUUUCACUGUCGGAUAUAUGCCUGUACAGUCAGACAUCACAUCACGACUAAGGGAGGCACCGCCAGAGCAGAUGGUCUUCUACGAAGCUGCCAAUGACUCCGCAAUGGAAGAGCGCAACUUCCGUAACCUUCGUGAAGUCUGUCGGGAAGUUGGUGUUGGACCAUGGAAUCAGACGCGGGUGAUUCAUACUGCUAUCUGGAGAGAGAUUGCCGCAGAAGAGAAGCACGGUCUGACACCUGUGAUACCUUUGGCAGAGAGCAUUGUAUACCGACCGUACGAUGAGGUGAAACGGGAACAAAUACAGCAGCAGCAGCUUUUGGCUGUUCAAUCAUCAUCUGUAUUGUCAGAGAGAACGGAGGAUUUGACGGUGAAUGCGACACUGAAGGCACCGUCUGGUCUUCUAAGACAGCCACCCCAGAGCUUUGCUGCUCAACAGAGAGCACAGAACAGGCCUGCAAACCCCGUACUGCCUGUCAGAUCGCAAUCUACUGCAGAUAUUCCAACAAGACCAACGACAGUUCGAUCCCGGAGCAAGAAAGAGGCACCACUAACAAUGAGUGGUGCUCUUUCCGUCGAGGCUCAUGAAGAGGCUGUAAAAGGCACUACUCGCUCUACAAGGGCUCAACUGCCUACGAGUAGGUCCGCUGGAAGUAUGAGAUCAGCGACGGUCCCUCAGCCGCAGCCACAACAAAAAACUCCUAUUCAGGCAUUCAACAAGGAUGAGAUGGUCACUCUCUUUGAUCCUUCAGAGUAUCAGGAAUCUGUUUCUAGUACGAGACCUGACGCUGUUCUGGACCGUCUUCGCAGACUGCAGACAGAGCUGGAGCGUGCACUGAACUCACGAUCUAUGGCAAUUGUGUCUACCAAGGACAAGGCACCAGCACUACCAAAAAUUGUUGUCAAAUGGGUGGAUUAUACUAACAAGUUUGGUCUUGGUUAUAUCCUUAACGACGGCAGUGUUGGGUGCAUCCUCAGAAGCGUGGCUACAACUGAAGGCAAUAAGACCGCCCUUCUACCGCCAGCAUGCCUCCUUGUUCAUGAUGCAGAACGCCAUGUCCAGCGAAAGAAUGACCGUACAUAUUCCGACAGACACCAGAUUGUCCCUAUGACCCAGGGCAUAUACUUCUACGAGAACAACGGCGAGGACGGUAUGACAAGAGUGCGUGUUGAUCCCGAAUGCUUCAGAGUACCUGUAUAUCCCGAUGGCACUGCUGCAAAACUGGGCAUUGGACAAACGCCAUAUGAACACCGCAAGCGAGAGCGCAUUGUGUUGUGGAAAAAGUUCGCAAACUACAUGCUGGCUUACGGAAGAGAACUUGACGGUCCUGCCGGAGACUCUCAGAUGCGUGCCCCUACCAUCACGGACCCUACUGCAGCCCCGAGCGACUUAGUCACAUUCUAUCAGAGGUUUGGGGAUGUCGGUUGCUGGGUUUUCUGUGAUGGACACCUUCAGUUCAACUUCCCCGAUCAUACCAAGAUCGUCAUCGAUGCCACCGGCACUUGGUGCCACUUCUGGCAUCUUCCCCAAAAGGCUGCUGAGCGGCUAGCAGAGACCGGGGCUAUGGAGGAAUCUGCCCUCGACGACAGAACGGUACUCUCUUAUCCUCUGCAGACCCUCCUCAACUUCGCAACGCAGUCAAAGUCUGGCGUUCGUACUGCUACCCGUAGUGCUAGCAACCCGACGCGUAGCAGACCGGAAAUCCCUGUGGAGCUUCAGGGGAUCCCCGCAGCCAACGAUUUCCGCAAGAAGGUGCAGUUCAUCAAGACCGUUGUGAAGGAAUGGGUCAUGAACGGAGGCAUUGGAAACAGCGACAUGUCUCGCGAGGGUCGCAUCCGCUGGACUGGUACCCGCGAGACGAAGAACGUCCCUCUGCAGCAGAAGCAUGUAUGGGUGACCAUCGGCGCUCGCUGGGGUGAUGAGCGCUACACUGCCUAUGUCGACCCGCGCAAGCCAGCGGAGAUCGGAGCCGACAUCGACGAGAGCAAGAAGAAGUGA